AUCUACCAGUCCAAAUAGAGAGGCGUAGCCAUUACUGACAGCCUACUACCAGACACAUCUCGCGAUCGACUGGGAAUCUCCCCGCGAUCGACCGGUCGAUCGCGAUCGACUGGUUGGGCACCCCUGCUAUAGACUGACCCCUGACUGUUGAGUCAACUAAGACACUCCAUGAUGCUCCUAAGUGUGAAAGAGACAGAAAAGAUGGACGACAUAGACGCCAUGUUUAGUGACCUGCUUGGAGAGAUGAAUACUCUCUCUCAGAGUUUAAUGCCAUCAGCGGACAGAACUGAAGUGGACAGCGCUUUACAGACAGAGCGCACCUUCUCCAUUGGCUUCACAGACCUGAAUGAGUCUCUUAAAGAACUGGAGGACCAUGACCUGGAUGCUCUGAUGGCUGACCUAGCAUCAAGAUCAACCACCUCAGAAUGUAGCCUCCCCACAUAUCAACAGGCCGGCAGCUGUGCAGAUAAUGAAAUGGCAGCAUCUGCCCUUCCUCCACCUUCAAACUCUGUUGAAUCCUCUGGAGGGCUGCAAACGAGCGAACCACAGACAAAGUCAGACAAAUUUAAACUGGCACUGGAAAAGCUGAAAGAAGCCAAAGUGAGAAAGUUAAUAGUAAAAGUGCUGAUGAGUGACGGCAGCUCCAAAAUACUGAUGGUGGAUGAGAGACAGACAGUCCGAGAGGUUUUGGACAUGCUGUUUGAGAAGACACACUGCGACUGCAGCAUUGACUGGAGCCUGUGUGAGACCAACCCUGAACUGCAGAUUGAAAGAGGCUUUGAAGACCACGAACACGUAGUGGAGCCCCUGUCUUCGUGGACUCGUCUCAGUGAAAACAAAAUGUACUUUGUCUCAAGACCUCAGAAGUAUGUGAUGUUCACAAACCCUCAAGUAUUUUACAUGUGGAAAAAGAAGAAAGAAUGUUCGAGCAAAAUUAAUGAGCAAGCCAAACAGCUCUUACUUCAGGAGCACUUUGGAGGUUCCACUCUGAUUGUUCCUGAUCUUGAAGGUACCCUGUACCUCAAAGAAGAUGGGAAAAAGGUUUGGAAACCUCGCUACUUUGUGCUAAGGGCCUCAGGCAUCUACUAUGUACCCAAGGGAAAGACAAAGUCUUCCAGCGAUCUUGUCUGCUUUGUCCAUUUUGAAAAAUUCAACAUCUAUAACACCAAGCACUUCAAACUGAAAUACAGAGCUCCCACCGACUUCUGCUUCAUGCUUAAGCAUCCCUGCAUCCAGAAUGAGUCUGACUACAUCAAGUUCCUGUGCUGUGACGAUGAGCACACACUGCUGCUUUGGGUCAACUCCAUCAGGAUAGCUAAGUAUGGGACCACCCUGUAUGAGAACUACCAGGCUGCGAUGAAGAGAGCUCACCCCUCUGCUUCACACAAAGACAGACAUAACUCACAGGUCAACACGCAACAGGCUCCACCCCAAACUACAAAUGUUGAAGACUACCCACACGAGGCACCGCCUGACUUCAUCCCUCCUCCACCUCCUGAUUUCAUCCCUCCUCCACCUCCUGGACACACACAAGUUUAAGGUGUCCUUCAGUUAGCCUGGAUUAAUUGAUUGGAAAACACAAAUCCGGAAGAAUUGUUAACUUGGUGCCAAUAAUAUCAUGUUUCUGUAAUGCACAUAGGAGUAACCUUACAUGUCAUAAUGCAAAAGAACAGAUUUAAUUUAUUACCAUAUAUAUGAGGAUAUUGAUUUGUGUAUGGUUUUGCAAGUAAUACCUUUUUCGCACAUUUACGACACACUCCAAACGUAAUUUU